UCUUCACUCUGCUUUGUCCUCUUCAUCUAAUUCUUGACAAAAUGUGGGCGAGAUGUCUCAGAUUUGUUCUCCUGGUUUGGUUUCCAGGAGUGCUGCACGGACAAAGUGCAGCUCUGCCUUGUCCUGCUCCCACACUGAAUGGUGGAUAUUUUGUCCCUGAAAACGAAACUUAUGCUCAUGAAACCAAGCUCACUUACGCCUGUGAAAAAGGACUUAAACCAGCAGCGGAGGUUUGGUGGGCAACAAGCACAUGUCAAAAUGGCAAAUGGUCUCAUGAACCACAGUGUAUAGGAUCUUCUACCACCCCUGGCUCAAAUGGGAGAGAAAGUAUUCCGAAUGUCAUGCCAAUCAGUUACUGCGGAGCACACCCAGUGGUUCCAAACGGUGUUGUUGUGCAAGCCGAGCGAUCAUUUUUGAAAUACCAAUGUAAUGCUUUUUACACACAAGUCGGUUUAGACACCGUAGUGUGUCACAGUGAUGGCAGCUGGUCAGAACUACCCAUCUGCAAAGAGGCAUUCUGUGUCCUGGAUCCUGCUAACUAUCCUGGGUCCACUAUUUUAAUCCCUGCAGUUGAAUAUCUAAAGGAAGGAGAGGGACGUUGCCCGUGA